ACGCGGGGCCGCCAAGCUAGGGCGCAGCCAGCGUUAUGCCAGCGGCCUCGCAGCGCGUGUUUGGAUCGACCGUCUGCCCAGCCGUGUCCUUCUCGCGUGUCGGUGGCGCUCCUCUCUUGCUUGUGGCGGCUCUAGCUCCUUGCGGCUGCACUCUCUCUCGAUUGCCUGAUUGUUUGAUCGGUUGAUUGGGUUGAUUGGGUCGAUUGGUGGGAUCGUUGAUUGGUCGUUUGGAUGGUUGAUUGGUGGAUUGACUGCAAGCCUGAGGCCUGACGAAAUUUCGCGGGCGGCGAAUCGGAUUGCCGCCAAGUGCCAGGGCGCUUUCGUGGGACGAUUUCCCUGUCAGCACCAGCGAGGAGAUCUCAGUCGCCCCGUCAUUCGAUCUCGUCUUUCCGGAUGCAAGUCCCUUUGUCCGCGGAAUGCCAUCCUUGACCCGCUCGUCGGCCAUGAAGCGGAAGAAGGGAGAGCAGCUCACGAGGAAGAAGCGAGAAGUGAAGAGGAGAAGGCCGACCUCUCGGGCGGAAGAGGACGGAGAAGAUGAUGACUUCUUUGGAGGUGAGGAGCAUGUCGCUUCUUCCGAGGAUGAAGGUGUUGACGUCAAGAAGAAUAGAUCGCGUGACGUGGAGGAAGAGCAGAGGGCGGACGUGGAUGGUCUCCUCGAGGAAACGGCGGAAGAGAAGCGGCUGAGGAUAGCCAAGGCGUAUCUGGACAGAUUGAAGGGGGCAGCAGCGGCGGCAGAGAGCGAGAGCGGAGGAGAGGAAGGCGAGGAUGACGACGAUGGGGCGGGGAGGAGAGGGGGUGAUGACGAUGCCAGCGAUGGUGAAGAUGAUGCGGUAGCUGCGAAGUUGAAAGAAGAGACAGCAGAAGCAACCGGACGACUGCUGAGAAAAAUCGCUGCAAGUGUGAGAUUAGGCGUGGCGGCGGGAUUAGCAGAAGGAGAGCAGAGAGGAAAGCGAGUAGGGAGGCGACAUAGGCAGUCUGUGACAAGCGUGGCAUUGACCACGGACGACAGGACGGGGUUCUCAGCGUCGAAGGAUGGAGCGAUCUAUCAAUGGGAUGUGGAGACGAACAGUUGCGUUGAGUACCCUGCACCGAGCAACACAUCGAAAGACACGCGGAAACAGAGCAGGCAUCUCCUGUCGAUCGCUGUGAGCUCAGAUGGUAAUUACCUUGUGGCAGGUGGGCUGGACAGAAGGGUGCAUGUAUGGGACACGAGAACACGUAAGCAUGUUAGGGCAUUCGCAGGGCAUAGGGGUGCCGUCACGUGCUUGAGUUUUAGGGCUGGAACCAAUCAGCUGUUCUCUGGAUCUAACGAUCGGGCGGUGAAGAUCUGGAAUGUAGAUGACAUGGCGUACGUGGACUCUUUGUUUGGCCAUCAGAGUGACGUGGUGUCGCUCGAUUCUCUUCGGCGGGAGAGGAUCCUAACCUGUAGCAGAGAUAAGACUUGCCGUCUCUGGAAGGUUCCCGAAGAAACGCAGCUUGUGUUCAGAGGUCAUCAAACGACGACGUCGAUCGACAGCUGUGCUUUCAUCUCGGCGAGCGAGUUCGUCUCCGGCGGGGAUGAUGGGUCCGUCGCUCUCUGGAGCCUUUUGCGUAAAAAGCCCGUGUUCAUCGUCAGGAACGCGCAUGGCGGCGGGGGGGCGAUUGAUCAGGCGAACAACGUGGAGGGGGAAGGGAAAGCGCAGCGGAGGGCGCAAAGCGCUAACGACGGAGAUGGUGGUAGCAAUCUCGAUGGCAAUAAGACAGCGUCUGCAGGUGAUGCCAGAGGUUCCGCAAUGACGAAUGAGGACGGGUCUGGCGGCAGUGUUCAUUCAAGCAGAGUGGAUCGGAACGGACACCACUUGAACACCAAAGAGAGUGAUUCGAUGAAGCAACCGGUCGCAUCGAAUGCCUCUGCUGGAUUAGGGUUUAGGGUUGGCGUAGAGGGGUGGGUUGGCGCGAUCGCGGCCUGUCGGGGUAGCGACUUGUUGGCUAGUGGUGCAGGCGAUGGCGUCGUUCGAGUUUGGGGUCACGAUGCGGAGAAACAGCAGCUGUGGACGGUUGGGAUGCUUCCUUCUGUGGGCUUUGUGAACUCGCUGGCCUUCGCUAAAAGCGGCCGAUUUCUGCUCGCGGGAAUGGGACAGGAACCCCGCCUUGGAAGAUGGGGAAAAAAUAAACAAGCGCGGAACCAUGUCGUCAUGUACAAGAUCAAUCUAGAAAGCUGAAAGGAGACAGACGCAAGGGACGGGAGAAAUGGAGGGAAGGAGGGGAGGAUGGCUGAAGGAAGGGAGGGAGAGAUCGGAGGAGCGAGGGAGUGAGGGAGGUUCAGACGAAUGUAGGAAUGGAGCGAGGAAGGGGGGAACGGGGAACGGAAGGAAUGGGGGGAGGAAGGGGGAGAGUGAGACGGAGAAAGGGAAGGAGAAUAGCGGGAGAGAGGGGGAGGAGGAGGGAUACAGUACGUAGGGAGUUGGGGGGAGAGGGAAGUUCAGACGAAUGUAGGGAUGGAGCGAGGAAGGGGGAAAGGGAGAGGGGAACGGAAGGAAUGGGGGGAGGAAGGUGCAGAGUGAGACGGAGAAAGCGGCGAAGGAGAAGGAAGGAAAAUAGCGGGAGAGAGGGGGAGGAGGAGGAGGGAUACAGGAACGUAGGGAGUUGGGGAUAGGUGUUAAGUUGGGGGAGAAGCAGGGAGGGGAGAAGCAAGAGAGGGAAGGAGGGAAGAACCACAUAAAUGGGGUAAGUGCCGAGAUUUGAAUGGUUGAUGGAAGGCCGGAGGAAGAUGAUGAGAUCAUGGAUUUGAAGGAAAAGGGAGGCGAGUGUGGUGGCAGGUUGAAAAUUUGAGUUGGAAUUGGGACUAGGAGAGACUGGAUUAAGUGAUCUCCAUUCCAGUUCCUUGUAGUGUAGGAAAUGGAGCUUUGUAGAAGGAAAUGGAGUUUUUAUGGAAAGUGAGGUAGAGGUGGAGGUGAAGCGGAAAAAAAAAAAGAUAAAAAAAAAGAAGGUUGAGUGAAGGAGGCAUGAUGUAGAAGAAGAGUCCCUUUUUUUUUGCAAGUAUUUUUCUGGUACCUUGAUUUGUAGUGAGGCUUGAGGAUGAGCGGGCACUAGCGGCUAUCGUCUUUGUUGUCCUUGUCGUAAAGGCAGCACAUUUAGGAUGAAGAGAUUGAUUGAAGAUUGAUGUGUGUGGAGGUAAUUCGUCGGUGAACUCUCUCUACUCGGAUUUAGACUUUUUGAACAAAAAAAAAAGAGGGACAGUGCUCGACACAUUUGUGUCCCGACUCCUUAAUCAGCAUUUGUACGUGUGGGCAGUGCUGUGUACCAUUCAAACUAACAACACAAUUCUCCUUCUCCGUGAUUGGUCCAUGUUAGGUGCCAUUGCCAGAGC